UCCCCUCCGCCGCGCAGGCGCAGUUCGCUCUCGGGCGGCGGGUCAUGGCGGCGGCUCUGAGCGGGAUGUUUACAAACCAGCCGCCGGGGCCGCCUCCCCCGCCGCUGCCUCCUGGCGGCCCCGGCCAGGCUGGUCUCCUCCCGGCCGCCGCGGGGCCGCGCAACCCCAACAGCACCCUGGUGGACGAGCUAGAAGCUUCCUUUGAGGCUUGCUUUGCUUCACUUGUGAGUCAGGAUUAUGUGAAUGGCACAGAUCAGGAAGAAAUUAGAACUGGUGUUGAUCAAUGUAUCCAGAAAUUUCUGGAUGUUGCGAGACAAACAGAAUGUUUUUUCCUACAAAAAAGAUUACAUCUGUCUGUCCAGAAACCAGAGCUAGUUAUUAAAGAGGCAUGUACAUCACACUUAACUACUAUGUCCAUUUUUGUCUGUGCUUGUGAAAUGAGAAAGGGAACUCCCUCAGUGGAAAAAGGCUUUCAUCUACCUGAAAAUGACUGAAUAAGAAUCGGAGUUGAUAAUGUCUGUCCUUUGUGGGGGGUUUGAGUGGUUUUACUGCUAUUACUCAUAAGGCUUAUAGUUGUUCAUUGGACUCAGAUUUUGAAAAGAUUUUUUUCACCAUAAAAAGCUCAUUUUGCUCUUGCAUCUCUCAAUACAUGCACUACUACUCCAGUUUAUUAACUAGUAGCUCUUUCAUUGCUGAUCAUUUUAGCAGAAACAUGCUAAAAUAUUGAUUCUUCAGUCCCAAACCCUCCCCCCAAUUCCCACUUACUCAACUACCAGAUAUGUUGCUCUACUCAUAAUACUUGUAGCUAUGUAUUGUAAGUACAAAAAAUAGUUGGCUUAUUAAAACCCAAAAAUAUGGCCUUACAGGAUUGGGCAGUAGCAUAUGCUGCCAAGACUGUGGCUGUGGGAGAGACCUCUGUGCUUUAGGUUUUUAAAUGAGAGCAAGCUUUUGCCACAUGAUCUGGUAUUGCAAUAAUUUUUGCCACAGGUUGUCAAUCUACUCUUGGAUGCCAUACAAAAUGUCUCCCUUACUAGACAGAAAAAGCUUUUUGCAGUGUUUAUAGAUUUUCUAAAGGGUUGCUUGUGGAAAACUAAGCCUUCUAGAUAUUACACGGAGAUUUGGGGGAGGGACUGGAGUUAGACUUUCCAUUGGAAGAGGUCAAUGAGAAGAAAUAAGGAAGUGUGGUAGCAGUCUAAAAUUUACUCAAUGUUUCUGGCAGAUUUGUUUGCUACUGUAGCUCUCCUAUUUUGCCAUGUUAACAGGCCUAGUCUAUGUUUUCCUUUAGAAAAUCCUGAAGUUCAGCAGUUUCCCCGUCAGUAAAAUGGGGAUAAUGCUGACCACCUUUGUAAAGCGCUUUGAGCUCUACUGAAGGAAAGCGCUAUACGAGCUAUGUAUUAACCUUAACUAACUUUAAAAGGAUGUUGUCUUAUGAAAGACAGUUGCUAUGGCUUCUCUAUAUUGGAUAGCCAGAAAUUUAAAAUAUUUGGUGAUAUUGGCACCACAAAUUACACACUAAAGUAGAAAGAGGAAUACUUAUAAAAUUGGAAAGCAAUGGUCACCCUUUAAAUCAAGAAUAGAGAUCACUAUGGGAUUAUCUGUCUGCAAAGGCAACCUUGUAAAGAUGGGACCACUGUACCAGAAGGAAAAUAAUUGUAUAUAAAAUAUGUAUACUACUAAUUUGAUUAAACUAAUUGAAGUACAA